AACAAAAGAAUGUCAGUGCUGGUUUGUACUUUUGCCCUUUCAACCACGUUCAUGAACCAAUUGUAUUACAGUUUAGUGAGAGGUGGAGACGGCGGGUCACACGGUAGUCUGUAAACAUGUCUUCGACAGAUGGUAGCAAUGGCCCGAACCAAGCUGCUCCUUUCCCAGUUGUCCCACCUUCAGGGAUGCCACCACCCUUUAUGGGACCGCCAGGAAUGCCACCUCAUUUCCCGCCCAUGGGGAUGCCGCCGAUGGGACAGAGGCCUCCGAACAUGGCCCCCAUGCCGCCGGCCAUGAUCCCGCCCAUGAUGCCGCCGAUGGGCGGGCCUCCGAUGGGACAGAUGCCAGGCAUGAUGCCACCGAUGAUGCCCGGGAUGAUGAUGCCACCCCGCAUGCCAGCUGGGCCGAUGCAGCCGACGGGACCGCCUGGUGUAAGCCCAGUGGACACUUCUGCCACGGUGGCACCGGGAACAAUGCUCAGCACUCCGACUGGCGGCUCCCCUCAGGAUGACCAGCCUAAGAAGAAGUCGGUGUGGACGGAGCACAAGUCAUUGGAGGGGAAGACGUACUACUACAACACAGAGACCAAGCAGUCCACCUGGGAGAAGCCGGACGACCUGAAGUCCCCAGCAGAGCAACUGCUGUCAAAAUGUCCCUGGAAGGAAUAUAAAUCGGACACGGGAAAGCCGUACUACUACAACUCUCAAACCAAGGAGUCCCGCUGGACCAAACCUAAAGAGCUGGAAGAUCUAGAAGCUAUGAUAAAGGCUGAAGAGUCUGGGACACCUGAUCCAGCUGCAGCUGCUGUUGCUGCGGCGGCGGCUGCUGCUGCCGCCGCCGCCGCCUCUGCUGCUGCUGCUGCCGCCGUUGCCACGGCCACCACGGUCACCGCCGCACCCACCGCGCAGCCGGAGGCCGUCGUCGCCAUGACGACGGCGUCCGAGGCUGAGACAGCCGUCCCGGCCGUCGCCGAGGAGCAGCUGACCCAAGCGCCCAUCCAGGUGGCCGAGGUCACGGCGGACACGCCCGUCAACUCCGCCGAGGACACGCCCAGCACGGAGGCCCCGCCCGGGGAGGCCCCUAAGAAGGAGGAGCGGCCGGAGCUGGUGAAGAAGGUCUACAAGUGGAACACCAAGGAGGAGGCCAAGCAGGCCUUCAAGGAGCUCCUGAAGGAGAAGGGCGUGUCAUCCAAUGCCUCGUGGGAACAGGCCAUGAAAAUGAUCAUCAAUGACCCACGCUACAGCGCGCUACCUAAACUGAGCGAGAAGAAGCAGGCCUUCAACGCAUACAAGGUCCAGACGGAAAAGGAAGAGAAGGAGGAGGCCAGGAUUAAGUACAAGGAGUCCAAAGAGACCUAUCAGCGCUUCCUGGAGAACCACGAGAAGAUGACCUCCACCACCAGAUACAAGAAAGCAGAGCAGAUGUUCGGCGAGCUGGAGGUGUGGAGCAUCGUUCCUGAGCGGGACCGUCUGGAGAUCUACGAGGACGUCUUGUUUUACCUGGCCAAGAAGGAGAAGGAACAAGCCAAGCAGCUGAGGAAGAGGAACUGGGAAGCGCUGAAGAACAUUCUGGACAACAUGGCCAACGUGACGUACCGCACCACCUGGUCCGAGGCGCAGCAGUACCUGCUGGACAACCCCACCUUCGCCGAGGAUGAGGAGUUACAGAAUAUGGACAAGGAGGACGCGCUGAUCUGCUUCGAGGAGCACAUCCGCACCCUGGAGAAGGAGGAGGAGGACGAGAAGCAGAAGUCCCUCCUGCGGGAGAGGCGCAGGCAUCGCAAGAACCGGGAGGCCUUCCAGAAAUUCCUGGACGAGCUUCACGACCACGGGCAGCUCCAUUCCAUGUCGGCCUGGAUGGAGAUGUACCCCACCAUCAGCUCUGACAUCCGCUUCGCCAACAUGCUGGGCCAGGCGGUUUAUGCCGACUCUUCUAUAGGCUCCACCCCUCUGGACCUGUUUAAGUUCUACGUGGAGGACCUGAAGGCGCGCUACCACGACGAGAAGAGAAUCAUCAAGGACAUCCUGAAGGAUAAGGGCCUCACUGUGGAGGUGAACACCGCUUUUGAGGAGUUUGGCACCGCGAUCAGCUCCGAUAAAAGAGCCACAACGCUGGACGCCGGCAACAUCAAGCUGGCCUUCAACAGCUUACUGGAGAAAGCCGAGGCGCGGGAGAGAGAGCGAGAGAAGGAGGAGGCCAGGAAGAUGAAGAGGAAAGAGGCUGCCUUCAAGAGCAUGCUGAAGCAGGCCACCCCGCCCCUCGAACCCGAAUCCACCUGGGAGGGAGUGCGGGAGAGAUUCCUGAAGGAAUCGGCCUUUGAGGACGUCACUCUGGAGUCGGAAAGGAAGAGGAUCUUCAAGGACUUCAUUCAUGUUUUGGAGCACGAGUGCCAACACCAUCAUUCUAAGAACAAGAAGCAUUCAAAGAAAUCCAAGAAGCAUCACAGAAAGAGGUCCCGAUCUCGCUCGGGCUCCGAGUCUGAAGACGACGACUACCACUCAAAGAAGAAGAAGCGGUCGCAGUCCAAGUCCCCGUCAGAGCGCUCCUCCAGUGGUGAAUCCGAGAGAAGCUACAAGAAAUCAAAGAAGCACAAGAAGAAGGCCAAGAAAAGGCGACACAAGUCGGCCUCCCCCGAGUCCGAGGGCGAGAGGGACAAGAAGGGCAGGGACCGCGACAGAGAGCGGGAGAGGGAGAAGGAGAAGGAGCGGGAGAAGGAGAAAGAGAACGACCGGUCCAGGGGGAAACCUCGCUCCGAGUCCAAGCAGAAGUCUCCCAAGAGAAAGCCGGGGAAGGAGGAGGACGGCUGGGACACCUCGGGGAGCGAGCUGAGCGAGGGGGAGCUGGAGAAGAGGAGGAGGACCCUGCUGGAGCAGCUGGACGCGCCCUGAGACCCCCCCCCCACCCCCAGCCCCCUGGCAGACGCCC